ACCCUCCCCUUUCCCACUCCCUCUCCCCUUCCAUUCACAUCAAGAUUCAUUUUCGAUUAUCUUAAUAUACAGAAGAUCAGCUUAGUAUACAUUAAGUAUGGAUUUCAACAGUUUGCUCCCACACAGAAACAUAAAGUGAAAAAUAAUAGAUGAUUUUUUUAAAAUGAUGAUGAAAUCAGAGCAGACCUAUUGUCAUGUUUAAUCCCAGUGAGAGUCAAGUUGGGAAUUGAUAAUUUCUUUUUUUUUUUUUUUUUUUACAGAGGAUCAGUUUAGUAUGCAUUAAGUAAGGAUUUCAACAGUUUGCACCCCCAUAGAAACACAAAGUGAAAUAUAUUGAUUGAGUACUCGUUAUAGCAUUAAAUCUCAAUGUACAGCACAUUAAGGAUAGAGAUCCUACAUGAGGAGUAAGUGCACAGUGACUCCUGUUGUUGAUUUUACCAAUUGACACUCCUGUCUAUGGCAUCAGGAUUAUUUAUUUAUUUAAAAGAGUUACAGAGAGAGGUAGAGAUAGAGAGAGAGGUCUUCCCUCUGCUGGUUCACUCCCCAGAUGGCCGCAAUGGCUGGAGCUGUGACGUUCCAAAGCCAUGAGCCGAGAGCUUCUUCCAGGUCUCCCACAUAGGUGCAGGGGCCUAAGGACUUGGAGCAUCUUCUACUGCUUUCCCAAGCCACAGCAGAGAGCUGGAUCAGAAGAGGAGCAGCUGGAACUAGAACUGGCUUCCAUAUGGGAUGCUGGCGCUUCAGGCCAAGGCUUUAACCCGCUGCAUCACAGCGCAGGCCCCCACAGACUUAGGAGCAUAGUGAUACUUCCCACCCUGCCCUCCCUCCUGACCAUGGUCCCACCCAUACUCCGUCCUUGUUUUUUUCUUAUUCUUUCUUUUAAUUUUUACAAUGACAUACUUUCCGCUUAUUUAAUAAUCAUAAGCUUAACCUUCCUCUAAGUAAAAAGUUUAACAAACCAUAAGAAGAAAAAAACACUGUUCCUCAACAGUAGAGACAAGGGCUGUAAGCACUAAUCAAAUCUCAAAAUGACAAUUCGCUCCUGUACAUUACAUUUUCUUUACUCUUAGUUGUCACAGAUCAGGGAAAACAUAUAUUUGUCUUUUUAGGACUGGCUUAUUUCACUAAGUAUAAUGAUUUCCAGUUGCAUUCAUUUUGUUGCAAAAGCCAUGAUUUCAUUCUUUUUUACAGCUGGGCAGUAUUCCAUAAUGUAUAUGUACCACAUUUUCUUUAUCCAGUCAUCGAUUAAUGGACAUCCAGGUUGAUUCCAUACCUUAGUUAUUGUGAAUUGAGCUGCAGCAAACAUGGGGUACAAAUAACUCUUUCAUAUGCUGAUUUCAUUUCCUUUGGGUAAAUUCCCAGGAGUGGGAUGACUGGGUCAUAUGGUAGAUCUAUUUCAGAUCUCUGAGUAAUCAUUUUUAUUGUCUUUCACAAUGGCUGUACUAGUUUACAUUCUAACCAACAGUGAAUUAGAGUACCUUUCCCCCUACAUCUUCACCAGCAUUUAUUGUUUUUUUUUUUUUUUAUUUCCGUAUGAGAGCCAUUCUAAUUGGGGUGAGGUAAAACCUCACUGUAGUUUUGAUUUGCAUUUCCCUGAUGGCUAGUGAUCCUGAGCAUUUUUUUUAUGUGUCUGUUGGCCAUUUGAGUUUCAUCUUUUGAAAAAUACCUGUUCAAGUCCUUUGCCCAUUUCUUAACUGCAUUGUUUAUUUUGUUGUUGUUGAGUUUACUGAACACAUAGAUUCUAGGUAUUAAUCCUUUAUCAGUUGCAUAGUUUGCAGAUCUUUUCUCCCAUUCUGUCAGUUGCCUCUUCACUUUGUGAGGGUUUCCUUCGCAGUGCAGAAGCUUCUUAGCUUGAUGUAAUCCCAUUUGUCUUCUAUUGCCUGUGCUUCUAGAGUCUUUUCCAAGGACUCUUUGCUAUGCCAAUGUCUUGCAGAGAUUCCCCAAUGUUAUCCCCUAUUAAUUUGAUGGUAUCAGGUCUUAGAUUUAGAUCUGGAAUUGUGUAGCACAUCCUUUAAUGGGCUACAUUAAAGUCAUUCCAGGUUCUUAUUUUUACUCAAAAAAAGUACACGCUAGAAAUUGAACUUCUGUAUUGUUUUCUUUUUCCAGAGGUAUGACACAUGUUUUCUAGUUAGUACUCUUCUACCAACCAUUGUACUAAACCCAACAGACGGAUUACAAGUAACGCUUUCUUCCUAUCCCUGCUCAUGUUGAGCUUAACUGGGACACCAUGUUGGCAGGAGAGAUUGACAAGAAGAAAUUAGUCUCUACCUACCCCAACAGAAAACCCAACAAACUGAUCUACACAGAAAGGACUGUGAGCAUCUAUGCACAAACACACUGAGCACGCCGUAGGAAUAGGAGAGCAUUCAGUCCACUUCCAGCACACAUUCACUGCUGCCCAGUCAUAUCUGUCAUGGCAGUGACAACUGACAAGCACACGGCAUAUGACAGUUUGGUCUUUAAGUGGGUAAUCAUGGAAAUUCCAAUAUUGUCUCCACCAAAUGAACCUGAGUGUUCCUCUAUAUAAUUUUUUUUUUAAUAAUGCUUAGAAGAGACUUUGAGAAGUGGUGAGACUACAUCAGGACCAGGAGAAGACAAAGUGGUAAUGAGGACUACAGAUGCAAGACAAUAAGUUGAUAUCCACAUGCAACUUAGGUUAAAGGUGUCUCUCAGUUGAUCUCACAGCCCGGACAAGCUGUGAUCAUAGAAAAUUCAGGAAUCUUCAGACAGGCAGCUGGCUUGAGUAACAUCCUAAUCCAGGGGUAGGGAACAUCCUACCCGUGGGCUGUAUGACACCCAUGAAAUCAUUUGAGUUGGCCUUGCCAAGGCAACUGCAGGCAGGAAUCAAAAUUCAAUGAAUCUGUAGCAGGCUCAUUUUUAAGCUGAGAAUUUUGUGUGGCCCGCAAAAUGAUGUUAUAAAUAUCUAAAUGACCCUUGGUAGAACAAAGAUCCCACCUUUGCUAGAUGAAGUACCCCAGAAGCUGUAGGGUUGAACCUCUGACCCAUGUGAAAAAGAGCUGUGAGUGUAGGAGAAAGAUUCCCACAGAGCCUGUUGGGACACAGAGGGUUUGUGAUGGUGGGGGCUACUCCACACUGCUGAUAGCAGCAUGUGUAUUGGGUAGAGCUGUCCCAGACCACUCUGGAGUGGUCUGACUCACAAAAACUCCUGAAGGAGGUGUCCGCUUGGGGAGGGGAGGGUGCCUAUGGUUACUGAGUACAGGUGCUGUUUCAAGAGAGACAGAUCUGGGAGGGCCAGGGCUUGUUUUGGACCCAUAAGCCCUUGACAUGAACAGAGUCAGUCUUUCCAAGAUGCACUCAUGACCUGAAGCCUCUCGGAGCCUAUGGGAGCAGAUGACAUUAAGAAAAGACCCCAUUCAUUGCAUGGAGGUGGGACCUAAAACCAUACAUUCUUCUGAAAAGCUGGCAUGGGUGACAAGGGUGGCACCACUAAACCAUGGCUCAGGUCUAACCCUCAGCCUUCUUUAUCUGUGCUGUAGUCUGGAAACGUUUCUUCAAAAGCCAGAAAAACCCCGGGGCGCUGCAUUCUGUCCCGGUAGCCCCUCUUCCAGGCCAGCUCUCUGCUGUGGCCAGGGAGUGCAGUGGAGGAUGGCCCAAGUGCUUGGGCCCUGCACCCCAUGGGAGACCAGGAGAAGUACCUGGCUCCUGCCAUUGGAUCAGCGUGGUGCGCUGGCCGCAGCACGCAGGCCGCGGCGGCCAUUGGAGGGUAAACCAACGGCAAAGUGGCAAAGGAAGACCUUUCUCUCUGUCUCUCUCUCUCACUGUCCACUCUGCCUGUCAAAUAAAUAAAUAAAUAAAUAAAAAUUAAAAAAGAAAAAGCCAGAAAAUCCAUCAACAUGAGUGUCUUGGUGAAUGUGUCACCAGCCACUUCCUGUUCAUGAUGACAUAAUGUGAAAGCGCCCAUGUUAAACCCAGGAAUUGGGCUGGCACUGUGGUGUAGCAGGUAAAGCUGCUGCCUACAUUGCUGGCAUCCCAUAUGGGUGCCAGUUCGAGUCCCAGCUGCUCCACUUUCUAUCCAGCUCUUUGCUGUGACCUGGGAAAGCAGUAGAAAAUGGCCCAAGCCCUUGGGCUGCUGCACCAGGGUGGGAGCCCUGGAGGAAGUUCCUGGCUCUGGGCUCCUGGCUUUGGAUUGGCACAGCUCCAGCUGUUGUGGCCAUUUGGGGCGGUGAACCAGCGGAUGGAAGACCACCCCCCCCCCCGCCUCUCCCUCUCUCUCUCUGUGUAACUCUGACUUUCAAGUAAAAUAAAUAAAUAUUAAAAAAAAAACACCAGGAAUCCACUCCAGCAGCUGCCCUUUCAGCUUCUUUUCUACCAAAGAAACCUAGUCAUUAAAAACCAGGUUUGUGGGGCUGGUGCUGUGGCUCAGGGAGGUAAGCCACAGCCUGCAGCGCUGGCUUCCCAUAUGGGAGCAGGUUUGAGUCCUGACUGCUCCAUUGCCAAUCCAGCUCCCUGCUAAUGCACCUGGGAAAGCAAUGGAGGAUGGCUCAAGUGCUUGGGUCCUUGCACCCAUGUGGAGACCUGGAAGAAGUUCCUGGCUUUGGCCUAGCUGAACCCUGGCUGUUGUGGCCAUCUGGGAGAGUAAACCAGCAAAUGGAAGAUAUCUCUCUCUCUCUCUCUCUCUCUCUCUCUCUCUCUCUCAGGAAUUCUGCCUUUCAAAUAAAUAAAUAUAUCUUAAAAAUAAAGCUAGGUGUGGAAGAAUACUUGUUCACUUCAGUGUCUUUAAACUCCUGGUAGUCCUCAUCCAUGAUGUUUCUCUGUGUCAGCUGGAACUCAACAUCCAUGAUCAUGUCGUCUUUUAUAAAAAUAUUUAUUUAUUUAUUUGGAAGUCAGAGUUACACAGAUAGAGAAGGAGAGGCGGGGGGGGGGCGGUCUUUCAUCCACGGGUUCAUGCCCCAAAUGGCCACAACAGCUGGAUCUGCGCCAAUCCAAAGCCAGGAGCCAGGAGCUUCCUCCAGGUCUUCCCAUGUGGGUGCAGGGGCCCAAGGGCUUGGGCCAUCUUCUACUGCUUUCCCAGGCCGUAGCAGAGAAGUGGAGCAGCUGGGACUCGAACUGGCGCCCAUAUGGAAUGCCAGCACUGCAGGUGGAGGCUUUACCUGCUACACCACAGUGCCGGCCCUGAUCACACCCUCUUAAACAUUGAGCCAUAGCAUCAAAUCCCGCUUCAGGGAGGAGAAAGCUCGAGGAAAGUGUGCUCGGACUGAAGCCAGGAGCAGGCCUUGCUGACCAGGCCAGCCUGGUGGUUUUAUGUAGAAACAGGAAUUCCUGUCUGCUCUCCAUCACAUGUGCUACAAAGGUUCUUUCUCCUGCGCCCAACAGGGUUUUCUUUUCUGGGUUAGUCGGAUUGGUUAACUUUUCCCUUAGUGGCUGGAUUUCAACUUGCUGAGGGCUUUCCCAGCCUGAGCUAAGUCUUUCUUCCACGUUAUAAAAUUCCGUAUUCCCUGAUGGUGAUAGCAUUAUGUACUGUUGACAGAGAGGACUCCAGUGUCUGUGGUGUACGGUCUGUCUUUACUUCUUUCUUGAUAGAUGUCGCAUUGUCCCACACCAUUGAACAAGAACGCUGCUCUUCAUCCAUGCAGCUGAACUGCAGCUUCAUUGUAUUUUACACUUUUCUGAGUGCUUGCAUCUGCUUCUGAACUCUUCAGUUUUGUCCCACUGACUGACUUACAUGUUCAUGCUGCCACGCCGUUAGCAGCUUUGACGUAGGAUUAAUGGCUGGUUGAUUGAGCAUGUAUCUCUUAACAGCGUAGAGUAGUAUCGUUGGUCUGUAGAGUCUCAGUUGGGAUUCAGCCACUUGCAACUGAAGAAGUCUUGACAAAUACAAGGGUAGGAUCCGUGGCCACAGUAGGGCUAUCACAUUCAAGCUAAUCUGAUGUCUUAUCUCAACAUAUUAUUUUAUUAAGAAAGGAGUGUUCCUUUUUAUCAGUUGUUCUGACUUCUUACACAGUUCAGUAGACCCUGGAACAGUCAUAUUCUCUCAGAUAUGGGCAGAUGCUUGGCCAGAGUGUCUUUUCAGCCAACUAAUGGGAAUGUGAAGUGUUGUUUGCUCUAACGUGCAGUGAGAUUGCCCUUUGAGGCCUGUCAAAGUGAGGCGUGACUUUCUGCUCUUGGCAGGACCAGCCAUGGAGUGCAGGUUGUAGGACUCCGAGAGGCUGAGCCUGUUCGAAGGGCUUCUUUCCCCUUUCCCCUCCAUCAGAGCAGCACCAGGCACCACCCAGUUGUUGCGUGCACCACUGCCCUCUACCCAAGGGUGGGGCCUGCAACUUCCUGAGCCAGCAGAGUUCAGAGUGGCUCACUGGGUCACCUGAGAUGUUAGAAGUAUGGAAAGAUAGGCCUGCUUUUAUAUCACAGCUCCCAUAAUGAUAUGUAUAAAAUAUGAGACACUGAACCAUACAGUUCUAAUAAAUGUUAGUUAUAUAUGAGGGUACUUCACCAUGUUUGUGCAAAUCUGGAAAUAAAAUAUAAUGUGCCUUUUCCAGGAAUGUUUGAAGACCUCUUGUAUAUAUUUUGAAAACACGAGAAAGGUGUUAUAUAUCUAGUAAGUGAUAGAGAUUUAUGAGGAUUGUAUUUAUAUGUUUACUAAUACAAGUAAAAAGCAAGCAAAAUUCUCAAAGAGGAAUUCAGAUCUCAAAGAAGGGCCUUUGAAGAGAAGCCUAAGGUACAGUAUUCCUACAAAAAUAAAUUUUCCUGAGAGACCUGUGGACAGUGUGUGUUUCUCCAUCGCUGGUCAGACCUGGCAGCUAAUUCUUGGAAACCGUGCGUGGCUGUGCCUUGCUAGAGACCACAGCUUGCAGCCUGAGUGGCAUCUCUCUGGUGAGCAGCAGGUGCUGCUGAGUGUCUACUCAACUGUGUGUGUGUGGGUGGGGGGGGGGCAUGUGUUAUGUCUGGUGUUUCAAGCCCAGCCCAGGGUUUUUCGAGAUCUGUAAGAAAAUAUCUUUGAGUCUAUGUAUGGGAAUUACAACCAAGGCUGUCAUGGAAUACUUUCAAAAAGAUGAGAGAUCACCAUUCUGGAGAACACUGACAUUGUGUUAAUGGGAAAGCAGAAGCAGCAACCCCUCCCAGUCUUUUUCCCUAUCUGGCACGCGCUGGUGGUGGUGAUGACUGGGCCCAGCAGGAAGGCUUCAGGUUCUGUCUGCACAGCGAGGGCUGUUCUCUCUCGGGAAGCCUGGGGUGGGUGCAGGUGCAUGGCAGAAAAGGCCCUGCUGCCUCACUGCCCACAAACUCUGGCUCCAUUCCAAAACCCAAAAUUCAAAUUUAGCUGUUAAAGGAUAAGAUCGGGUCCUCCCAACCAAGAUUUGUUUUUUCAAGAUUUUAUUACCAAACUGUUCAAACACACACAAAGGAGAGACUAUACUGCCAGGAACAGGAACACCCAUAUGUCCAUCUUUCGUUUAUAAUAAUUUUCAAUACUUUGGUGUAUGUAUGUAUCUGCUUUAUAACUAUGGUUUUUUAAAAUAUUUAUUUAUUUGAAAGUUAGAGUUAAACAGAAGGAGAGGCAGAAGUAGAGAGAGAGAGAGAGAGAGAACUUUUAUUUGCUGGUUCACUCCUCAAAUGGCUGCAGUGGUCAGGAUGUGGGGUGUCAGGGGCCCAAACACUUGCGGCAUCUUCUGUUGCUUUUCAUGGGCCAUUAGCAGGGAGCUGGAUUGGAAGUGGAGUAAUCGGGACAUGAACUGGCACUCGUAUGGGGUGAUUUACCAGCUACACCACAAUGCUGGCCCAUGAAAUAGUUAAUUUUAUGUUGUGUGUGCUUUACUAUACAUAUAUAUAUAAAAGAACAAUUGAGCAGAUGAUGUGUUUGAAUAAGGCUACAAAUGUAUUUUGUCAUGCUGAAUGAUUUCUUCUAGCACUCUAUUAUACUAAUCUACAGCAUGUCCUUUUCUUUUAAAAAUUCUGUAGGAAUUAAGUUCAAUCUGUCUUUCCUACCACAAGAGCCCAUUAUAGUGGGUGGGGCCAUCACCUAUUACCAUAGCCUUCUUUCGAUAGGGUUUUUGCAUCAGUGUUGAUCAAGGAUAUGGGUAUGAAAUCUUCUCUUCUAAUGUCCUUGUGUAAUUUUGUAUCAGAGUAAUGUCAUUCUCAUAGAAAGAGUUUGGAAGUAUUCCACCAUUUUUUUUCUGGAAAGAUUGGUUUUAGUUCUUUAAAUGAAUUUAACCACGAAAAGAUCAGUUCCUGGAGCUUUCUUUAAUGAGAGACUUUAUUACUGGCCUGAUGCUUGCUGAUUAUUGAUCUGUUGAGAUCAUGUGUUCCUUCAUGAGUCAGUCUGGGUAGGCUGUGUGUCUGGGGGUUUAUCCAUUUCUGCUAGAUUACCCAAUUUUUUUCAUGUAAUCAUUCAGAAUAGUCUAUAUUGUGCUUCACAUUUCUUUGCUAUCCAUAAUAAUAUGUGUUCUCUAAUUUUUUCAUUUCAUUUAAUUAAGUCUUCUUUGAUAACAUAGCUGAGGUUUUCUCAAUUUUAUGUAUUUUUUCAGAAAACCAAAUGUGCUUAUAGUUUGUAUUGUUUUUCCUUUUGCCUAUUUCUUUUGUUUCUGCCCUCACCUUUAUUAUUUCUCUCCUUCUGCUAAUUAUGGACUUGUUUUGUCUUUUCUCUUGUUCUUUGAGAUGUAAUGUUCAACUUUUUAAAUCUGAGAUCUUUCUGUCUUUUAAUAGAGAUUUUUAUGGCCAUAAAUUUUGUCUUAGAAUUGCCUUGCUGUAUCCCAUAAAUUUUGGUAUGUUGUGUUUCUGGUUUUUUUUUUUUUCAUCUUAAGGUAUUCUAAAAUUUUUAUUUCCAUAUCAUUAUUGAUCAAAUGUUGUUUAAAAUAUGUUGUUUCAUUUUCAUGUCUUUGACAAUUUUCCAAAAUUCCUUGUUCUUGAUUGUUAGUUUCAUAUCAUCGUGCCCAAAGAUGAUAUUUGUUUUAUUUAUUUGACAGAGUUACAUAGAGGGGUAGAAGGGGGAGAGAAAGAGAGAGAGAGGGAAGUCUUCCAGCUGCUGGUUCACUCCCUAAAUGGCCACAACGGCUGAGCUGAUCUGAAGUCAGAAGCCAGGAGCUUCUUCUAGGUCUCCCACGUGGAUGCAGGGGCCCAAGCACUUGGGCCAUUUUCUACUGCUUUCCCAUGCCAUAGCAGAGAGAGCUGGAUUGGAAGUGGAGCAGCCAGGACUCGAACCGGCACCCAUAUGGGAUGCUAGCACUGCUGGCCGGGGGGUUUAACCCAUUGCACCACAGCGCUGGCUCCACGUACCUUGUUAAAAGUGGGGUAUUCUAUCCUCUGGUAUUACUGUAUUGCAAUCUGUCUCUCCUUUCAAAUCUUUCAAUAAUUAAUUAUUUUUUAAAAGAUUUAUUUAUUUAUUUGAAAUAGUUACACAGAGAGGAGAGAGGCAGAGAGAGAGGGAGAGCGAGGGAGGGAGAAAGGGAGAGAGGGAGAGGUGUCUUCCAUCUGAUGGUUCACUCCCCAUUUGGCUGUAAUGGCUAGAGCUGCACCAGUUGGAAGCCAGGAGCCAGGAGCUUCUUCCAGGUCUCCCAUGUGGGUGCAAGGGCCCAAGGAUUUGAGCUAUCUUCUACUGCUUUCCAAGGCCAUAGCAGAGAGCUGGAUCAGAAGUGGAGCUGCCGGGUCUCAAACUGGUGCCCAUAUGGAAUGCUGGCGCUCCAGGCCAAGGCAUUAGCCCACUGCACCAGAGCGCUGGCCCCUCAAUAUUUAAUUUAUAUAGAUAGGUGCUCUGUUGUGGGUAUAUUUGUUUGUUAUUUUACCUUGUUUUAUCCUCUUGAUGAACUGACCCUUUAUCAUUAAGUGAUGCUUGUAUUUGUCGCUUUGAAUGGAUUUUGAAUUGCAGCCAGUUUUCUCCGAGAGACAAUAUCAAGCCUUAUUUUCCUCUCUGCUCAGCCACUAUGUUCCUUUAUUGGAGAAUUUAAUCCAUUUCUAUUCAAAGUAUUUGUUGAAAUGGAAGGGUUGCCUGUGUCAUAGACCCAUUGCCUUUCUGUCUCCCUCUGCAUCUGUCUGUCUUGUGACUUGGUGGUUUUCUGCCAUGGUGUGGUUUGGGUCCCUUCCACUUUGCGUUGUUCAUCUGGCCCAGAUUUCCAUUUUGUGGUUGCUGAGAGGCCUGUGUAGAACAUCCUGACACAGUCCCUUUCAAGUUUGCGAAAACUUAACUUUGAUUGCAUACAACAAGCCUACACUUUCACUUCCCCCUCCAUUUGAAGAAAUGAUUUUGUCUGGUGUACCUUCUGACAGUUUAUCUUAGCUGUAGUUUUGUCUUUAAGUCCGUGUACUAGGGAUAGCAUUCCCUUAUAACCAUAUCAUCACCCUCUUAGAGCAUUCUGAAUAUGGCUUUGUUUUAAUCAUACCAUUGGAUUUUUCUUUCAUAUGUUUUGUUAUUAGUAGCUUUUGAUUUCAGCGUGAAGAAUUCCCUUCAGCAAUUCCUAUAACGGAGGGCAAGCCUAUGUCUCUCCUAUGCUUCCCUGCAGUGUGCAGAGCUGGGAGUCUCCCUGCCUCGGUGGGAUUGUUGGCUGUGCUUUUUUGCAGAGUGGAGCCACUGUGUGACUUCUGGGGUCAAGCCAACCUAGCUUUUUUUGGUUCCCCUAAACCUUUGGGAGUGGGAGUCUCUCUGCUUGGGAGAAUCACUGUGCUGGGCUCUGAGCCCAGGCAGGGAGCAGAACCGUCCAGGGACUCAAACAGGAGAGGCUGAGUUUUCCACCAUGCUUCUAAACAUGACCAGCUCGGCAUAGCAGGUGCUCUGUGGAGUUGGUGGGGUCUCUGAUAAGGUGCGGCAGCCGGCAGGAGCACCGGGGCAUGACCGAGACCCAUGAGCUGGCUGCGCUGACCGCUGCCUCGUGUCUGUGUCUGCCGUUGCUUCCCAUGAGGUAAGCCUGGGUAGCCUGUGUAGGGACCAUCUCAGGGUCUACGGUGGCUGGAUGACUUCUGCCAGUCCUCUUUUCCCCCUGUAGAUACUGCAGGCCCAGAGGAAUCCUCCAUGUUGGAGGUUGUGCUAUGUUGGAAGGGGGAGAGACAGCAUGGUCAUAGAAAGAGGUUCUUCCCCUUAUAAAACAGAUUUCAUUUGGUGCUGCAGAUCACAUGGCUGUCUCUAACUUGUUUCCAAGUGUUCUGGUUUCAAAAGGAUGUUGUAGUUUGUGGAUAGCUGCUGUUUUAACUUUGAGGAGGGAGUGCAAUCUGAGAUUUCUUUUUUUUUUUUUAAGAUUUAUUUAUUUGAAAGACAGAGUUACAGAGAGGCAGAAAGAGAUAGGGAGCAGGGGAGAGAGGUCUUCCAUCUGCUGGUUCACUCCCCAAGUAGUCAUAACAGCCAGAGGCAGGCCGAUCUGAAGCCAGUAGCCAGGAGCUUCUUCUGGGUCUCCCACGCAAGUGCAGGGGCCCAAGGGCUUAGGGCAUCUUCUACUGCUUUCCCAGGCCAUAGGAGAGAACUGGAUCAGAAGUGGAGCGGGUGGGACUCGAACCAGCACCCAUAUGUGAUGCUGACACUGCAGGCAGCAGCUUUACCUGCUACACCACAGCACCAGUUCCCUCUGAGAUUUCUUAUUCUGCCAACUUGCUAAUGUCACUGUCCUGAUUUUUAUUUUUGAAAGACAGUUACCUGAAAGUGCCCACUACCAAGGUAAAUGGUGACACAGCAAAUGUGUAGCAACAGGGUGUUCCAGAAGGAGUUAUCUUGUGCUGGUAAUAGAGUAUGCCCAGGUUGGUUGGAGAAUCCCUAAGUCCUCCUUGGCAUGUUACAUGACACACAUCAGUGGGGUCACCUGUGAGGGUCUCUAGAUAACCUUCACACUAUAACUCAUUCCAGUGUAGCAUUCUCUGUGCAGGGCAUAGCACAUGAUAACAUGAAGAUAGAAUGCCCAGACAUUGGGGUGUGCUCGGUAGUGUAGCAGGCAAAAUCACAGAAUCUUGAAGGAGUGCACCAGGCCAAUCGGGGUGAGUCCACAGCAGAGGUAAAGCAAUUUAAAAUAGACGACAGUCAUCAAACCCCUGGGAUAGUCCAUGGAACAGCAGUUCUUAAUGCUAUUUCAGCGUUUCAGACAACUCAAAAGUUUGUAAAUAGAAGAAAAAUGUUUCUGGAAAUGGAACGAGGAAAGUGGCAAUGUUUUUAUCAGCAGAGAUUCCUGUGAACAAAAUUCCACUGCUAUUGAAAUGGUCAAGGCUAUAGACCUUCCAGUCUGUCCUUGGGAUGCCAGUUUCUUUAUGAACAAAGAGCCUUUGGUAAUCUGAAGAUAAAAUCUGGAUUUUACAGUUAGACAAAUUUCAGGUGCACAAGCUUUGUUUUAAUUUUGUCUCCUUUUUACCUAUUUUUCUCUGUGUGUGUCUGUGUGUGUGUGUGCGUGUGUGUAUGUCCCCUUGAGGUAUAAAUCAUCCCUUACUCUAUCUUUCUAAACUCAUGUUGCAAGAAAGGGCAUGGCUAAUGUUGCCUAUAAAACAUCCAAGCACAUAACUCAGUAAAUGCUGCUCAUUUAUCAUUGUUCUUGUGAGUAAAUCAUUGACUGUAUCAUUUUUUUAUUGUAUGAAAACACACCCUUCCCUGGGUCAGGUUUUGUGCCUGUGUUUCUUCUGCCUGCUGUAGUACUGAGCUUGGACUCCCAGCAGGUGCGUUGCUCAGGGCUGCAGUUACCCAAUGUCUCCUGCAAUUAUGACCGGCCUCCUUCCUCUCUGUGUGAGCCUGCUACUGAUGUCUGGCGUUGGCGAGGCAGGCAAGCUGCUGGUGGUUCCCAUGGAUGGGAGCCACUGGUUUACCAUGCGCUCGGUCGUGGAGAAACUCAUGCAGAGAGGGCACGAGGUGGUUGUAGUCAUCCCAGAGGUGAGUUGGCAACUGGGACAAUCGCUGAAUUAUACAGUGAAGACCUACGCGACGUCUUACACUCUUGAGGAUUUGGAUCGUGAGUUCAUGGUUUUUGUCCGAGAUGCGUGGAAAAUUCGAGAGCAAAGUUUAAUUUCUGCAUUUACGACCUCAACCACAAAAUUUUUUGACCUGAAAUUUUCACAUUGUAGUAGCUUGUUUAAUGAUAAGAAAUUAGUGGAAUAUUUAAAAGAUAGUUUUUUUGAUGCAGUAUUUCUGGAUCCUUUUGAUAUGUGUGGCUUAAUUGUUGCCAAAUAUUUUUCACUCCCUUCCGUGGUGUUCACCAGGGGAGUAUUUUGCCAUCAUCUUGAGGAAGCUGCACAGUGCCCCAGUCCUCCUUCUUAUGUCCCCAGAAAUUUGUUGGGGUUUUCAGACGUCAUGACUUUCGAGGAGAGAGUAAAGAACUACAUAUUUCACGUGGAGGAGCAUUUAUUUUGCCGCUAUUUUUUGAAAAAGACCUUAGACAUUGCUUCUGAAGUUCUCCAGGCUCCUGUCACACCCUAUGAUCUCUUCAGCCACACAUCGAUUUGGUUGUUACGGACUGACUUUAUUUUGGACUAUCCCAAACCCAUAAUGCCCAACAUGGUGUUCGUGGGUGGCAUCAACUGCCAGCAGGGGAAACCUUUGUCGAAGGUGAGCUCUGUCCUGUAGAAUAAUCUCCCUUUGCAUAGUGAAUGUAAGAUUCCUCACUCAGCUGUGAUGUGUUAGUCACCUUUGUUGCAUCUGGAAUGAUUUAACGAGUUAGAUGGUGACAGUUCAUUUACUUGUGGGUUAAUAAUGCUGCCUCCUUAAUAUGUGUCUACAGUGAUUUUAUAUGAAAUACUCUGGGAAGAACAGUGAGAAACAAAGGGUAAAUGAAACUUUUCUUUUCUCUAAGUCCAUGAUAUCCCUUAUCAAAAAGUCUCUUACAGGGCAGGCUUGAGUCCUACAUCUUCUGUUGUCUGUUGGGAUGCCUGCAUCUCCGAUCUACACACUUGGGUUGUGAUCCUUGCCCUCUCCUGGUUCCUGCUUCCUGCUAAUGCAGACCGUGGAAGGCAGUAGAUGAUGAUUCAGAUGAUGGGGUCUCUGCUGCCUAUGCGAGAGACUUGGAUUGAGAUCUCAGUUCCUGGCUUCAAUCUGGCCCAGUCAUUUUGGGCAUUUAGGGGGUGAACAAAUGUAUGGGAGCUCUCUCUGUCUUUCAGUCUCUGGCUGCCUCUAAAGUGAUAAAAAAAAUCUUUUAGUGGUUUAAAAAUUUAUUUUUUCUAUAAGGUAGAGAGGUGGAGAUAUACUUCAUUUUUUUUUUUUUGGCUAAAUUUGUAGUUUAAUUAUAGAGCAAAGAUUUGAAAUCACAAGAUCAUUUUAUCAAUCCUACAGUCUUAUUCUUGCUUCUACUUUUUCCAAAGGUAAGAAAUCUUACUGUCUCAUAGGAAAACUUUCCCAACCAUGAUAUUAGAUUUAUGAUUACUUAAUCAAAACAAACUGACACACAAGUGCAGGCUGUUAAGGAGUCUAAAGACAGGCACUAGCAUAUAAACAGAAUAAAAAUUUCAAGUUUUAGCAAAUCAGGUGGUUUUACACUAAGGCUAAGAGGAUGCCUAACAUUAUAAGUGCUGUGUAGGCACCUAUUUUGUUCUAUCAAAUGAUUUGGAACCACACUGAGCAAUUGUUCAAGAAUCCAGAAAUACAUGUUAUCUAGAAACAUAUAGCAUCCUCUCACCAAAAUCUGGAAGCCAGAGAGACUACCAGUUUAUAAUCUGCUUUACAUUAUUCAUCCAUCUUAUUUUAGAAGCAACCAAACUAUUAAAAUAUUCAAUUGCGAAUUACUUUCCCCUGCCUAAAACAAAGCCCUACAAAUUAGGCCCUUAAGAUUUUAAAGCAUAAUUCAACUGUUAUCUUUUAUCCUCUUGCUACUAGUCAAACUCCAUAGUAAGUUUGGAAUACUUCCUACAGUAUAUGCUUCCAUUUUAAAUACUUUUAUUCAGCCUCAACAAGAUUAAUAUUGGUCAGCAGUACCAUUAUCAGACCAAAAAUUUCAGCUUUAAUGCUAUAGGCCUGAGAAAAAAAUGAAGCUCUUAAAUCUUUUCUCUCCCUUUAAAAGAAAGUUAUAGACAAUAGAUAACUUGGCAUUUCUUUUAUAUCAUCAAUUUUCCACAAUGUCUUAAUCCAAAAGAGCAAAAAUUAAAUAAAUAGAUCACAUAACAAGCUGAAUCAUACACAUCUUGAUUAAGAAACUAAUACUGGAAUAUUAUCCAAAUCAUAAAGCAAGCACACGCUCAAUUAUCACAUUCCCUAUAUAUGAGAAGAGGCAUUCAGCAUUCAAGUCGUAAGUUUAUUUACAAACAUAUCUAGUAUGCUAUGAGUUCAAGAGUUUGAUCCAUUUUCCAGAGACUGAACCUCUUGAAAUGCUGUUAUCUGUUAAACGGAUGACCUAAAACAUCCUAUUUCUUAAGCAGUUGGUGCCGUACUAUGAAGAAAGGGGCAGCAAAUCCAGAUCCAAGAUACAAGGUCAUCAUAGCUAGCAACCUCCACUUGUUUUCCACUGAAAAUGGCAAAUUCUUCCCUGGGCCCUCCUCAUAGUGGCUCCUACGGACCACGGAGGUUGUGAACCUCCGGAUGCUCUGUCCCAACAUGACGCGGCUGGAAGCUCUGCGCGAGGCACAGAGACCGCAGAAGGAGAAAUGGCGGAACCACACGAAACCUCGCUCCUUGCACGACCUUGUUCCCCUGUGUAAGCAUACUUCAUCUUCUGCUUCACUCCCCAAAUGUCCACAAGAGCUGAGGCUGGACCAAGCCAAAACCAGAAGCCCAGAUCUCAAUCUGGGUCUCUCCCAUGGGUGGCAGGCACCCAAAAGCUUGGCUAUCACCUGCUGCCUCCAUAUGAGUCUCCCACAUGGGGGGGGGGCAAGCAUUUGAGCCAUCAGCUGCUGCCUCCCAGGAUGCACUAACAGGAAGCAGCGUUGCCAACAUGGGAUGCAAGUGUCCCAAGCAGCAGCUCAACCAGCUGUGCCGGGACUCCCACCCUUGAAGUAGGCCUGACAGAUGCACUAAUUGGAUUCUUACAUAUGUAUCAUUGUUAAAUUCUGGUGAAACAUCUGAUGUGUUGUAUCAGUACAUCAUUUUGUUAAGGAUGCACUGUGAAUUGUUCAGUACACCUUAUAACUGAGUCAUAUUCUCUCAGAUGUUGCACAUUUGGUUACAGUAUUGUUCCAGCCAGCUGAUGGGAAUGUGAAAUAAUGCUUGUUCUAAAAAUGUAGUGAGAUUGCAGGGUUUUUUUUU